CCGUGAAAAUGAUGCGAGUGAAACGAGUGCUGUCCAAUUAUUUUAUUAAAAUUGUAGUGAAUUAGUAUAUUUUGAUUGUAAAAAUGAAAUUUGCCGAACACUUAGGCGCGCAUAUAACACCGGAAUGGCGAAAACAGUAUAUAAACUACGAGGAAAUGAAGGCAAUGCUGUAUGCGGCCGUAGAGCAGGCGCCCUCUGCAGAGCUCGUCGAUCCGGAGGUGCUGUCGCGCUACUUUGCCAAAUUCGAUGAGCAAUUCUUCCAUUACUGUGACAAAGAGUUGGCCAAAAUUAAUACCUUCUACUCCGAAAAGAUGGCUGAGGCUACACGCAAAUAUGGCAAUCUUCGUAGUGAACUCAGCGAAACGCUGGAGAUGGGUGCGGUGAAGAAGCAACCCGCUUGGAAGUACAAGACACCAUUGGGCAAGAAGAAUGUACCUGCGCGCAAGAUCCAGGAUCUCAAAUUAGCAUUUAGCGAGUUUUAUUUAGGUUUGAUUUUGCUACAAAACUACCAGAAUUUGAAUUUUACCGGUUUUCGCAAGAUACUCAAGAAACACGACAAGCUCUUGAAUGUGUGCGAUGGUGUCAAGUGGCGUGAGGAGUAUGUGGAAGCAGCGCAUUUCUAUGUUAACAAGGAUAUCGAUCGACUCAUUCAGGAAACGGAACGCGCCUUCACCAAUGACAUCGAGGGCGGCGACCGCCAGAAGGCAAUGAAACGUUUGCGCGUGCCGCCGUUAGGUGAACAGCAAAGCCCGUGGACCACCUUUAAAGUGGGUCUCUUCUCGGGCGCUUUUGUGGUGCUCUUUCUCACAGUCAUAUUGUCGGCUAUAUUUCAUGGCUUCGGCGAAGAUUGGCGCGUAGGUUUGCGCAUGUUUCGCGGCCCCUUGCUAAUCAUUGAGUUUCUCUUUCUAUGGGGCGUCAACGUGUAUGGUUGGCGUUCAUCGGGCGUAAACCAUGUACUCAUCUUCGAGCUGGAUCCACGCAAUCACCUCUCCGAACAGAAUAUCAUGGAAGUGGCCUCGGUUUUCGGUGUGAUUUGGGCAAUUUGUGUGCUGUGCUAUAUUUAUUGUGACUCGCUUGCAAUACCACAAUAUUCGGCAGCAAUUUUUCUUUACACAACAAUGUUUGCAUUUCUACUCAACCCCACGAAGACGUUUCACCAUGAGGCGCGUUACUGGGCGGUGCGCGUGCUGAGUCGCGUUGUAAUGGCGCCAUUUUUCUUUGUAACCUUCGCCGAUUUUUGGCUCGCCGACCAACUGAACAGCAUUGUGCCCGCCUUUCUGGAUAUACCAUUCAUUAUUUGUUUCUUUGGUGAAUAUUCCAGCUGGCACACAACGGGCUAUGAUGGUAGCAGAUGUGUGCAAGACAUCUCAAUCGUGCGUCCGGUUGUGGCCAUUUUGCCGGCUUAUUGGCGAUUCGCUCAGUGUAUUCGGCGCUAUCGUGACACGCGUGAAGCUUUUCCGCAUCUGGUGAAUGCUGCCAAGUACGCGACAUCCUUUUUUGUUGUAAUAUUCUCUUACAAAUUCCAAACAACUGAAGCCACUUACGUUACAUCGAAGAAUAAUCCGUGGUUCUACUGCUGGAUUGUGGCGGCCAUUGCCUCCUCCUGUUAUGCUUACACGUGGGACAUUAAAAUGGAUUGGGGCUUAUUUGACGCCAAGGCUGGUGAUAAUCGCUUUUUGCGUGAAGAAAUUGUCUACUCUACGACGUGGUUCUACUACUUUGGCAUUGUGGAGGAUUUGGUGCUGCGCUUUGGUUGGACUGUGUCAAUGAGUCUGAUUGAGGCUGGCUACAUGGAGGGUGAUGUUAUGAUGACCAUACUCAGCCCAUUGGAAGUGUUUCGGCGUUUUAUUUGGAACUAUUUUCGUUUGGAAAACGAGCAUUUGAAUAAUUGUGGCAAAUUUCGUGCUGUACGUGACAUUUCUGUGGCACCAAUGGAUUGUUCCGACCAGACAACAAUUUUACGCAUGAUGGACGAUGAAGACGGCGUGUGCAAUCGGCGUGGAAAAACCAAAGGUCUGUCGAAGAAGAAAGAGCAACAACGCCUGUUGCUGCUGCAAGGCGAAUCUAUCGAGGAUUUAUGCUCUUAAAUGUCUAAAGACUUUGGUGUUUGUAUUUCGAUUAUCGUGGGUGAACAAAAUUCUAAAGAACAUUUGUAAAAAAGCGCACAAAUACAGCAAUGGACAAGCGAAGAAGCAAUGCAAUACUGGAUGUCAUUAAUCUCAAUGUAGGUGUGGCAAUAGGACAUAUACAGUGUAAAAUAGCGGUAAUUGAAAGCUUAAUAGUGUGAUUUAUACACACAUUUGUAUGUGUAGCUGUAUGUGUACGUGUUUAUCUACUUAACACUUAUUACUUAAUACUUAAGUGUAUCCAUGUAGGCCAACUUAUAAAAAACGUACUUAAGAGCUGCUUUAUGCCGUUGACCGUUAACAAGAAAAAAUUGUAGAAACAAGUAAGCCAUAUUUACGCAGCAUUUAUAUGUAUGUAUGUAUAUAUACUCACAUGCAAGGUGGCGCAAAAUUAAUCAUCCUAUCGGAACAUUCAUAAUUUUUGCAUUAUAUUUGACACUUGUAAAGUAGACAGCUGCAGUAUACAAACAGACAAGCAGUGGAGCGCGUAAAGGUGCUGACCCAAUACAGGCUGACUUUGCUUGCUUGGCUUCGAUAACUGGCAAAAAUUAAUGUAACAAUACUGUCUUCUUCUAUUUCUUCUCCUUUAUUAUAGGACUAAAUUUUUUCAUCAACAAUUUUAUACAAGAAAUACAAUUUCGUCCCCUUAGUAUAACAAUAGCCUAUGUGCUCAUAGGCUAUUAUUUUUUUAUUGAAUUUUUGGAAUCUCCAUCGUCGAUUUUAUAUGUGGUCAAAAUUUGGUCAAAUUCUAGUUCCACAAAGUGGGUCAAAACAUCAGUCAAAAAUAAUAAAUAUUUACAGACAUAGCGAGAUUUGAGUGAGAGCUACUUUCGACAAAAAGUUUGAAAUUCAUUUUCUCAAAACAUCAAAAAAUUUAUAGGCUAUUUUAAUACUAAGGGGACGAUUUGUUUGGUUAUAAAUAAAAAACAAUUAAAAAUAUGUAAAUUAAUAUCAAUUAUCGAUAGAGCUGGAUGUCCAAUACUCAUUCCAGCAUUCCGGGUGGCCUCGUAGUCGCCAGUUUUCCCGUCAUUGCAGGUUAAGCCAACUUAUUGUCAGGCAUGCGUAGCACGUGAGUUUUCCUCUCCCUUAUUCGUCUUCGGCUCCAAUUGAUAAUGUUUUCCGUAUCACAUAUCUCUCUAAUCCCUUAGUUUCGCAUAAGGUCUCUCAUAAUUGAUCGCAAUGUUGUCUUCUCAGUUGUAUCUACUCGGGUUUCAACGAACGCAUGUUUUAUAAAUUCGAACUUUGCCUUAAAUUCGAUCUUAAGCUUAGGAAAUUCGCAUCCAGAAAUUCGUGCUGCUUUAUUCAUGCGGUUGUUGACUUCGGCUGUUCUUUCACUGAUGCCAUAUUUCGAUGAUAUAUUUAUGGUAACCAGGUAGCCGCAUUUCAUAACCAGCUCUAUACUCUUUCCACAUACUGCCUGCUUACACCUGAGCGGUUGUUUAGCUAUUGUCAAGCUCUUCAUCUUGGCCACCAAUAUCUGAAGCUUUCUUGAAGGCAUACCUCUCAUCUGCUGAAGGUCCUCUUUGUUGUUCGACAUUAUAACUGCGUUAUCGGCGUAGCACAUUAUCUUGAUUUCAGAUUCCUAAUUACCGUCAAGGCAUUGUUGUCAAUGUUGCGUUUCCCGUGAAUUUUAAUUACAUCUUUAAGCAAAAACCGAUCAAAAGCUUUUGUCAGGUCGAUAAAACAUGAAAAAUGUGUUUUUUUCAUUCAAUAGCCUUUUCGGCGAGCUGCCGCAAGAUAAAAGAACUGUCGAUCUGUUCUUUCAGAAUCCUUGUUGCUCUUCUGUAAUGCCAAUUUCCUCAAUAUAGUCAGCUAACAUUGUAGUAAAAAGUUUUAGCUCGGAGCUAAACAAUGUAAUUCCCCAAAUAGUACUGAAAUAUAUUAAAUGAGACCAAGGACAGCUUUGCUUGAAUCGCUUGAAGAACGGCGUGGUUUCAAGAAGCUCAAUGCCCACUCCUGUCUUUAAUGAUUCAUCCCUUCCUGCAAAUGCUGUUUUUUCGGCACAAAUGUAGACAUUUUAGUGCCAGAUAAAAAAAUGAUCUUUACGCUUCGAACGAAUGUCAACUACUGCGAUCGAGACCUCACAUAUACACCUUCAAAUCACCAGUAUUUACUAGAGCAAGCACAAAAAUGGUAUCAGCAGCGAUACAUCUUUUACGAGGUCGGGAACUUAUUCCCAUACCCAAUAAUUUGAUUUGGUAUACUCGUAGCUUCAUUUGUGAAUUUUGUUUUAUAUUGCAGGCAGACAAAACUGUGAUUUACUUACAAUUGUGUUAUAAAUAGUCAGAAGAUACUGAAGCCCUAAUUAAAUACUUUUUUAAAGAAUUCUUCAGCAAUUCGUGCAAAACGUUGAACAAAGAAAAUGGAGUUGGCAGAUGUUCUUGUCGAUUUAAAUGUAGUUCGCGCACUCAAAACUUUCAUCAUUGACGUGAUUGUCACCUUAUCUUGAACGUUUUUACUAUUAUAAGAAAAAAAUUGCAAUAUCUGAUUGUUAUGAGAGCGUUCAAAGGCUCCAUUUGUCUAUAUAAGUUUCGAAAGACAAGCGAAACAAGUACAGCAACCAAAGCAGGCUUGCAUUGGGCCAGCACCUUAAUACAAUUGACAAACGACUGCGGAUUACCGGGGGGCAGUUAAUACUAAUUAAAAUUCUAGUGUGACAGACGAUUGAUACGCGGAGUAGUGAAGAGCAGAUUUGUUUAUUGGAUAGUUUUGUCGGUAAAAGAUGGAUCACGGGCAACAAAUACGCCCUGAUACUAAAAAAUAACGAAUAAUUUAAAAAUAUCUUAAAUUACUUUUUCCCAAACUACUCCGAAAUAGCAAAACAAUGAAUGUAAUUUCAAACGCUUUAAUGCAAACUAACUAAUCUCAGGGAAUAGAACGAGAAAUCUGCUCGUCCCUCUCCGUUCAGGUGGACAGUUGCUUUCUGCUAGUCGCCUGAAAUUGGAAAAAACGCAUUUUACAAAUAAAACAAAAAUCCUAUAGAAUACUUACUUCCGUUGCGCUCUUCAUAUUGUUCCAGGAUUUUUAAUACAUAAAUGAUUGUUUUCACUUUUUCUUGUUCUUCUCCUUAAAAGUUUCUUUAUUUUUCAUUCACAGUAGAUAUUAACUGCCAUUUUUUGGCAAUGUUGCCAUCGAAAAUUCCCCUCAAUCCGCUCAAAUUAGGGGACUUAUGUAAGUCUAGUUUUCACUCCGCAUUCUUCUUCUUCUUGAUUGGCGUGAUAACCGCUUACGCGGUUUUAACCGAGUUUAACAAUUCGCAAUAGUUUAAGCACUUAAUUCAGGAGAUCAUUUUGAAUUAAGUCGCUAAUCCCGAUUAGCGGCACCGUCUGUCUAUGUUGUAAAGGUCAAAAUAAAGAUUUCUAUCACUCAAAAUCAAUUUUUGUUUUUGUACUUAGUAAAAAAGUUAUUCCGAAACAAAAUUGGAUGAUUAAUUUUGCGUACUGUAAGUAAUGAGUUCUGCAGUUUAAGUUAAUGAAGUAAAUAAAAUCAUGAAAAUUAGAUCAAUUCAAACUGAAAUACUCACCAUCACAUGUAACUGUACACUGUCAGUAUUUCUAUGUACAUCUGUUUUCGUAUAUCCUUUUAAUUUUUACAUCGUGUUUGUCACUAAUUUGCAUUCGUUUUUAUCUAUCAUUAAAAUUUUCCUGCAAAAACACCCAGUUACUAGUGUACUUUUCCAUAAGAAUACAAAUGUUUGUAUGUCGAAAUUU